GUCUGAUUGAUCAAUGUCUGACUGAUCCAUGAAUGGAAUGAAUGCUGCGCUGUACAUAGGUCCUUUCAUUCAAUUUUGCUGCUGCAGACAGACAGACUUAGCCAUGCACUUACUUGCACGCAUCUGCCCACCUAUCUACCUGCCUUGGUACCCAUCCAUCCAUUCAUACGCGUGCAUUGCAUUGUGUACCAGUCAGUCACGUCAAGUCAGCCACUUGGUGCCAGGAGGCCACCAUGCAUCAGACAGACAGACAGGCAGGCAGACCACACCUAUCGCGUCUGCGCCUCGCCUGUGGUUGCGUGUCCACUGUCCACCUUUUUUGUCGGUUGGUUGCUUGUGUAUCUACCACACGCGGCGCGGCACCCAAACGCGACGUGCGAUGAUCCAUAGAUACAAACCUAGUCAGACGAGGGAUGGGUUGACUGGUUUGAGAGUGAGGAAUGGACGGAGCAGCCGAGAAUGGCAUGCAUAGCAGACUCGCACACAGACAGACACGGGAGGAGUUGAGGGACGCAGGCAGGCAGGAAGGCAUCAAGAGAGCAGCGACGAGAGCUUAGCUUCGUGAGCUCAUUUUCCCCAGCUGUUCGUGUCGUGCACUCAGUCAUCGUUGGGUGUCAUGGAUGGAUGGAUGGAUGGAUGGCCGGAAGCAUGGAUGGGAUGGAUGGAUCGUUGGAAGGAAGUGAACCAUAGUUGUGUGUGCCGCAGAGGGGCGGGAGGCGGGUGACUCAGUCAGGGGACUUAUGAUGUGACGAUCUAUUCAUGUCAUGUUCUCAAAUCCUCAAGACAUCUUGCCGCGCACCGACGUCUUGCACUGGGCCAUCGCAUCCCUGUCUGGAUGAAAGGCGAUCCAUGCGGAUCUCCCUCUCACAGGAGCUCGCAGAGGCUUUGCAGAAGAUCUCUGCAGCGGCUGAUAUGGAUGCGUCGUGUGGCGGCACAGUCCAAAGACGCCUUCCGGUUCAUUCAUCGCCAGGUGCCGCACGUGAUAGCUGCCCUCAAGCCGCGAGAGAUCGGCCACCUGCAGAAAGCCCUGCAGGCCUCAGCACAUUUCGCGCAGCUGCAGUCAUCCCAGGCGGCAGAUCAUCACGAGAGGUGGCGAUUGGAGCAGCGGGAGAGGGCGUCGCGGGGCGACUGGGGAGCAGAGGAUGGAGAGAAGAGGCUGAUGAACGUGUAUCAUGACCUCUUUGUGGCAUUUCUGGAGCUACCGGGCCUGCACCCAUCGCCGCUGCGAGGCUUCUGUGCAGAAAAGGUGACGGCACUACCAGGCGCACCAUGCAAUCAAAACACAGGUGGCUUUGCUGCUGUGUGCUUGGCUCUGCAGUUCUCCUUCUCGGUUCCGUCAUGGGCGGCUCUCAGUCGUCUGAGUGCAAGGUUUCUCUCCAUCGUGGAAGUCGGAGCAGGUGGGGAAGGAAUGUUAUGGAAUGGUGCACUGUAAACCACUCAAUCAUCCACCCAUCAGAUCCAUCCAUUGAGUUGGUGUCAUUCCAUCAAUUCAUGCCAUGCCAUGCCAUGCCAUGCCAUGCAGGCACGGGGUACUGGUCGUCUCUCCUGCGCUCCCUCGGCAGCGACGUCAUUGCAGUCGACGCGUGCACCGAGGCAGAGCACCGCUGGACCAUACAGUACGGACGCUGGCACCCCGUCCGACACAAACAGGGCAGCCAACUCUUCUCGAAACCAGCAGGCCUUCUGCCGGCAACGGCAACAGCAGCACCAGUGGCAGUGAGGGAGAGCGAGCCCAAUGAGCUGCAUUCCCGUGCGCUUUUGUACUGCUGGCCGCGGGGCAGCCCCCCACCAGGCCUGGACGGCUAUCGCGGGCAGCAUGUGGUGCUCGUCGGCUGCGACGACGCGGAGGGCGUAGGGGGCAUCAUGGCGACAGGCGAAUGGGAAGUGGAGGAAAGGUGUGUGAGGACGGCAGGAACCAUGAAUCGAUCGUGGUACGGUGUUUGUGUGGGUUUUUUUGGUCAGGAUGUCGCUGCCCCAGUGGCCCGACAUAGGCGAUGGCGUGUGGACCUUCAAGAGGAAAGGGACGGGCUGACAGACUCAUGUAGAUGGAUGGAUGGAUGGAUGGAUGGCUGGAUUA